UGUCAGUUGCUACAGAGGAUUCCAAAAAGCUAGCAAGUGACAUGAGGGCUAGGUGUUGCCAUUCUGGUUGACUGUAAGCCACAGCCAGUAGCCCCUGGUGGGAGAUGUACCUUGCAGGAUGUGGGAGCUGCAUUGAUUGAUAACUUUGGGGUUUGAUGUUCAGAAGACAGACAUGGGUGUGCAUGGAACCAGAGGGAAGAAGGCUUUCUGGAUCCCCUGCUGACUUGAGAGGGAUAGCAGAUUACUGUGGAAUUUAAAACAUACAAUAUGACUAGUGCUCUCUUGAUGACUCACCUCCCAGAUCACAGCAGCAGUUUCAGGGAAGACGCCCCACGUCCGCCGGUGCCCGGGCAAGAAGGGCAGACAUCAUGCCAACUUCAGACAAAAAGCCAAAGAUCAAAGUCUAUGUCCCUUUCAUCCAAACCUAAGAGGAACGACGAUGGCUUGGGCGAACCAGAAGGCAGCGCGUCCCCUGAUUCGCCUUUGGUCAGAUGGACCAAGUCAUUGCAUUCCUUAUUGGAUGAUCAGGAUGGAGCUCAUCUUUUUAGGACCUUUCUGGACAGGGAAAAAUGUGUGGAUUCCUUAGACUUCUGGUUUGCAUGCAAUGGAUUCAGGCAAAUGGACCUAAAGGAUGGCAAAACAGUGAGAGUCGCCAAAGCUAUCCAUAAACGAUACAUUGAAAACUACGGCAUUGUGUCCAAACAGUUAAAACCACCCACCAAAGUCUUUAUUAAGGAUUCCAUCAAGAGACAGCAGAUAGACUCUACGAUGUUCGACCAAGCUCAGUCUGAGGUCCAGGCACUUAUGGAGGACAAUGCUUACCAGAUGUUCUUGACCUCCGAUAUAUACCUCGAGUACGUAAGGACAGGUGGAGAGAACACAGCGUAUUUCAGCAACAUCGGGCCAGGGAGCUUAAAGGUUGACAGUGGAUAUCUACCAACCUUGAAUGAAGAGGAGGAGUGGAACUGUGUGGACUUAAAACACAAGAGCUUGGUGGGUCUGUCCAGCAAAUCCUUAAGGGCUACAACAAGUUCAAGAGCAAAGGAGACCGUAGACAUCGCAUACAGGGCCUACAAGAGGACGGAUCCGGUCAACCCCUAUCAUGUGAAUUCUGGAUAUGUUUUUGCGCCGGCCACCAGCGCCAAUGAAAGCGAGAUUUCAAGUGACGCUCUGACGGAUGAUUCGAUGUCCAUGACUGACAGCAGUGUAGAUGGGAUCCCUCCAUACAGAAUGAGCAGCAAAAAAAAGAUUCAACGCGAAAUGCAUCGGAGCGUCAAAGCCAACGGGCAGGUUUCUCUACCUCAUUUUCCAAGGACACAUCGGCUGCCCAGAGAGAUGACCCCUGUGGAACCGGCAGUGUUUGCGGCUGAGCUUAUUGUCCGGCUUGAAAAGGUCAAACAAGAGCAGGAGACUUUGUACAGCCUGGAGUCGAGACUGCAGCAAAUCAAAGAGGAGGAAGAAAAGGAGGAAUCUGAGACCUCUGUCGUCUCUCAAUCCACCCGUGAGUCCGUGAUCCCACAACAUCAACCAGUAGCUGCAUUGCCUUCCAGCUCGUGUGAAGAUGAUCCACAGGCCAUCCUUGAUGACCACUUGUCUAGGGUCCUGAAGACCCCUGGAUGCCAGUCUCCGGGUGUGGUCAGACACAGCCCCCAUACUCGAUCUCCAGACCUUCCUCGACCGCCAAGGCCUACUGUACCAGUUGCUCCUAUCAUCCCUUGCACGAUGCUUGCCAAGGGCUUUGUCACAAAGCAGACCACCAAGCACAUCCACCACCACUACAUCCACCACCACACUGUGCCAAAGUCCAAGGAGGAGAUUGAGGAAGAAGCUGCCCGGAGGGUUCAGUGCUUUUGCAGUGGAUCUGUUGACUAUUGCAAUUACCUGAAAUCCAGGUCACAUUUCAAGGGUGGAGACCAUUCUAUCUCACAGUCUGAAAACACGGGCAACAAGACUGGGACCUUCUCGAGGAGGAACUUCUCUGGGGAGCUUGAGGGCACGUCUGUAAUGUACCAAAUACCUGCGGAGGAGCAUUCACAUACCACUUGGCAGAGGAUAGUUGAGUGUGAGAACGAACGGCAGGGCCGGCACAGAUUACACAGCGUGCAAUGUAGCAAGAAAAGUACGGCUUGUGAACGGACGCGAGCGUCAUCCGCAGAGCGCCCUACCCGACAUCAUGUGUGGGGGGCAGCAAGCUGUCACCCCCGGAACCUGCAGUCCUCGCACCUGGCAGUACAAGACUUAGCUAUUCCACCGCUCGCCAACCCUAAUACCCUCGCACAGCUGGAGGAGGCCUGCAGGCGGCUGGCAGAAGUAUCCAAACCAGCAAAGCAAAGAUGUCCAACACAGAGCCAACAGAGGAGUCACUUGGUGCCAAGUCAUUCAGCGUCUGGUCUUCAUACCCCAACAACCCCUGUGUCUGAAGAUUCUAAAGAACCAAAGAAAUCACAAAACGCUUCCCUUCCGGCCUCCAGCGAACUCAUGGUGACGUAUUUUUUCUGUGGAGAGGAAAUACCUUACCGGCGAAUGCUGAAAUCGCACAGCCUGACACUGGGACACUUCAAAGAACAGCUUAGCAAGAAGGGAAACUAUAGAUACUACUUUAAAAAAGCUAGCCACGAGUUUGACUGUGGCGCGGUUUUCGAAGAGAUUCAGGAAGAUGACGCAAUCCUGCCCACGUAUGAAGGGAGAGUACUCGGAAAAGUGGAACGCAUUGACUGAACGAUGAAUGUUCCCAUGCGUGACCUGUACAUUCCUCUUUGGGACACAGUGUUACUCCGGGAGUAUGUUGCCUGGAGCCAGCCCCGCGUUUCUUCACCCUCUGUGAACCCAUUAAAGAAAAACCAUUGGCCUGAACAACCAGCUGAUGUCCUAUCUAGAACGAGCUGCCAUUCCACCUGAAAAACACCUGCUACCGAGACAAACUCCACCAUCUCGAUACAUUAGGACAGGAUGGACAAUGUGGGAUGGCAAAAUGGGCCCCAAUUGAUCGAAUCCUGAUAUUCGAGUAAUGUAUCUGUGAGCAGUAGUGGUUUGUAAAUGGCCAACAGCUUCACAUCGCUGCUGCAAGUCCAGGACUGAAGAAAGGUGGAAACACCAAAAAUGAGAAGAUAUUUAAGGUGUCCAAAAAUGAGAAGAUAGGGCAAGAAUUUAAGAUAUUAAAGUGAGCAGACGACUCACAGUUCUCACCAACUCCCAAGAUAGUAACUUUUUGGUCUAUUUAUUUAAAGUAAAAUGAGCACCACUACAGAUUGUAUCAGACUCCUGUACAUAUUUAAUGACCUCAUGGAGACCUGACCGCUAAGGACUUGGAGGGUUGGCGUAACUUUUUUUUUAAGCAUACUGUGUUUUGAUAUUUAUUGAACUGUCUGAUCCAAGUCAUGGAUCAUGCUGCUUUAUUGAUUUUUGGAAGUGAAAGGCUCUCAUCACAUUAUAUGUUAACACAUUGAAGAAUUAAGCUAGCCAGUUGUAUGCAGUCACUUUCAAUUGGUCAGUGAGUAGAUCUCCCUGGUAAUAAGCCUUCGAAGUUGAUGGUGUUUCGGAGAGUCCGUUCAUUGAAUUUAUGCUGCUUUUUAAAAAAUUGGCAAAUUUAUUUCCGAGGAACUUAAUAUCCUGGUGCCUUUUGUCCUACUUUUUAGUUUUUUUUGUCUUGUGGGUUUUUAAUUUUAUUAUUAUUAUUUUUUUAUUGUUACUCUCCUCGAUGUGGUAUAUCCCAUUUUAGUUUUUUUUUUUUAAUGAUUCAUUGUUUAGAACCAUCAAGAGUUACAUUACGAGCCUUUAUUUAUAUAUAGGGGUAUUCAUGUAAGGCAAGGUUUCUGUCCUUUAUAAGACGGGGAAAGGAGCCUUUGCUGCCAGAAAAUGUAAAAAUCAAUUAAAUACUGACGCAAAAUUACAGGUUCAUUCUACAAGCAGCCUUCAUUUUGCAGUU